CAAAGCACAAGUGGGGCUAAUGGUCAAUGGUGGUGGCACUCCCAUUGGCCAUUAAUUCCCGAUCCAAUUGAUUCUCCCAUAUACAAAAUUAACAAGCGUCACUCUUUCAGUCUCCAUCAGCUCAGUUUCCCCCGGUUUCAGAGAGAUGAUAGGAGAAGGGAAGGUAGUCUGUGUUACCGGAGCUUCGGGAUUCAUAGCUUCAUGGCUAGUCAAGUUCUUGCUUCAACGUGGCUACACUGUUCAUGCUACUAUCCGCUCCCUCGAUGAUCCUAAAAAGACACAACACCUACUUGCUUUAGAUGGAGCUAAGGAAAGGCUUUCUUUGUUUGAAGCUAGCUUGCUUGAAGAAGGAUCUUUCGAAUCUGCUGUUAAUGGUUGUCAAUGUGUCUUCCAUACAGCCUCUCCUGUUAUAUUUUCAGUUUCUGACCCAAAGGCACAAUUACUAGAUCCUGCAGUGAAGGGGACACUUAAUGUUCUUAAAUCAGCUGCAAAAAUUCCAUCUCUCAAAAGAGUGAUCUUGACAUCUUCCAUAGCUGCAGUUAUAUGUGGCGUAAAACCUCCUGAGUUUGGUGCUGUGGUGGAUGAAACCUGGUUUUCAGAUCCGGAAACUUGUGAACAAAAAGAGUUAUGGUAUCCCCUUUCCAAGACCCUAGCUGAGGAUGCUGCAGUAAAAUUUUCUAACAAUAACGGUCUUGAGUUGGUGGUUAUAAAUCCCGGGUUUGUCAUUGGCCCUGUCUUACAACCAACUAUCAACAUCACUUCUAAGGGAUUUAUUGGUUUAAUUGAAACUGGAAAGGAAGUAUUUCCAGAUGGAAUCUAUAGACUUGUCGAUGUAAGAGAUGUUGCUAUUGCUCAUAUUUUAGCAUUUGAGAACCCCAAAGCAAAUGGAAGAUACAUUAUGGUUGCAGAUGUAAAUCACUCUUCAGAGAUCAUGAAGAUCAUAAACCAAAACUAUCCUGCCUUUGACUAUUCAGAAAGGUAUAAAGACAACAAGUACGAAGGGACACCACCUUUCUUUGUAUCAAGAACAAGGGCGGAAAGUUUAGGAGUUAAGUUUACUACGGUUGAGGUAAGCAUCAAGGACACUGUUGAAAGCCUAAAAGAGAGGAAGCUCCUAAGCUUCUAAAACACCAGAUGAUGUUCAUGGAUUAUUUUAUGUACGUGUAAACUGUAUUAUUGAGAUUGUUGCAACAAUCACAUGAAAAAUUUAUUGAAUCACUUAUACUGUUUUUAUCUCUAUUAUAAAUGAAAUACAAGGAUCCUGUUGCACAA